AUGGGAGGAGCGCAGCGCAGCUCCCCUCUGUAUAAGAAGUGUUGAACAUUGAGCAAGGGAUUUUACACAGCUACUCAGGAGAAACGAAAUGAUCUGCCCUGGAGCCGCAGCAAAAUGCUGGAUGGACACCUACUCCUGGGAUGGUUAUCAUUCACAGUUAUAGUGUAUCUUCUCAACUUGCCUGGACCAACCGCAGCAUAUUUCGGGUUGACAGGUAAUGAACCGUUGUCUAUCCUGCCACUGAACUCUCUACCAGAGGAGAACAUGGGCAGGGCCCACUACAAGCUGUGCGACCGGCUCAAACUGGAAAAGAAGCAGCGCAGGAUGUGCAGACGAGACCCGGGCGUGGCGGAGACCCUGAGAGAGGCCAUUACCAUGAGCGCCCUAGAAUGCCAGUAUCAAUUCCGCUUUGAGAGGUGGAACUGCACCUUAGAGGGGCGCCACCGAGCCAACAUACUAAAGAGAGGAUUUAAAGAAACGGCCUUCCUAUACGCCAUCUCCUCAGCGGGCUUGACCCAUGCUAUGGCCAAAGCUUGCAGCGCGGGACGCAUGGAGCGCUGCACGUGUGACGAGGCCCCCGACCUGGAGAACCGCAAGGCGUGGCAGUGGGGAGGCUGCGGAGACAACCUCAAAUAUGCCAACAAGUUUGUCAAGGACUUCCUGGGCAAACGCUCCAACAAGGACCUGCGUGCACGCGUGGACAUGCAUAACACAAAUGUGGGCAUGAAGGUAAUCAAGGCUGGAGUGGAGACAACUUGCAAAUGCCAUGGCGUCUCCGGCUCCUGCACUGUCCAGACCUGCUGGAGACAGCUCCUGCCCUUCCACGAGAUCGGCAAGCAGCUGAAGCAGCGCUACGAGACCUCCGUCAAAGUUGGCAGCUCCACUAACGAGGCGACAGGGGAGGGAGAGAUCUCCACAGGCCGGAGCCAGCAGCAGCAACAGCAGCAGCUGCAGCCCCUUCCUGGCCUAAAUGAUCAGAUCCCUCGCACUAUGGACCUGCUCCACAUCGAGGACUCGCCCAGUUUCUGUAGACCCAGCAAGUACUCGUCGGGCACAGCAGCCCGCAAGUGCUACAAGGAUAAGAACUGCGAAGCUAUCUGCUGCGGGCGAGGCCACAACACUCAAAGUAGGGAGGUGACGAGGCCCUGCCAGUGCCAGGUGCGCUGGUGUUGCUACGUUGAAUGCAAGCAGUGCACACAGAGAGAAGAGGUCUAUACCUGCAAGGGGUAAACCAGUCCCCUGUCAGUCCCAGUGGAGCAAGCAAAAGAUGGUCAUGUUGAAGACGAGUGGUUGUUUUGUUCUCAAACAAGGUUUUGCUUCCACUGUCAGAACGGUGUCUGAACAAACAAAGAGGAGUGAGCCGAUGGAGAAGCAAUAAGCACUUUGAGGGAUUUCUGUGGGUUGGGGUUCAGAUUUCCUGUGACCCCUGUGUCUGGGGUCUGCAGAUUUAACAACCUUCUCAGACAACUGGGUCAACAUCUCAAGCUUUUUGUCAUGGCGUUGCCUUGAAGAGAGUAACUUUUAUUUUCGUAUUUACAAAAUCCAUUUCAACUUCACACAAGAAAAACAAAGAAAACAAAGAUUAGCAUCCAGUUGUUGAGGAUCCAGUUCAAGGACAGUAACACCAACAGACUGGUUUCAGUGGCCUUGCCCCAAGAAGAAUGGUGUGUGUGUAUGUAUGUGUGUGUUUGUCAAUGUUUACGUGUGUGUUUGUACGUGAGCAUGUGAUAGAUAACGAAGGGGGAGGGGGGUUCGAAUGACGACUUUUAUGGCAAUGAAAACCAUAUUCAGAGACUGCGAACAAAAGACAGGGUGUAAGAUAUACUCUACACGCACAUAUUUACACUCACACACAUUGUGUGUUUGCAUAUGUAUGUACAUAAAUUCAGUUAUAUUGUAAUGAUAUUAUACAAGCCACUUAUCUAACUAUGUUAAAACAAACCACUAACCACACAAAUGUAUGUUGUUUGUGUGCUCUCGCUCGUUUUUCUUCUUGAUUCAUUUUGACAAGGCCCUUUGGAAAGCAGCACACUUGUGUCCGUCGUCUUGCUGUGGAUAAUUUAUAGAUCCUUUGGGACUACUCCUUCACAGGGAGAAAAAAAUCUCAUUUUUUUUCUUUUUGUAAUAUAAUAUGAAGCUGUUAGUAAAUGCAUUAACAGACAAUAACUAAACCAGUCAGUUUAGGCUAUUCUCGGCCUUGAGCGAACCAGUGUUCAGGGAAUAACUUAAACCACUAUAACUAUUUGGAUGAAAUAGAGAGAAAUAGUGCAAAUACAAAUAACUUACAAGUUGGAGAUGACAAUGGCCUUGUUAUUAUAGCCAAUACUGCUGCAACAAAUGAUCAUUUGACCAGCAAACGGUCCAUGUGCGACUUAGAUCAAAAAUUGUGGCGCUCUGCAGAGCUUAAAUCUACUUAUUAGGACUUUUUUUGUUUUACUUUGAAUACUUUGAAGUUGUAAAGAAAACUGUGGAGAACUGGAGGAAUGUAACUCCCUACCAUUUUACAUCCUUCUUUCCUCUUCAGCUGUCACGAUUUGAUUGAGCCAUAUUCAGCCUGUAGACAUGCAGUAUCUGCAGUGGAAGCUGCAUCGGUCAGUCCAAACAGUGCGGGGCAACUGAGACGGAAACUUGCAGAAUUGCUCAAGUGAAAAUGAAAGUGUGAGCCUCAUAGCUAAUAUAACUAUAUUUUCUAAGACUAAUAUUUGCGUAAUGUUUGACAAAUUGAGUCCAAAUGCAAACAUUGGGGUUUUGCAGAUAUGUCUUCAUUCAGAAGUCAGCAUUGGUGUUGAGUUAAUUUGCUUUUUCAUAUUGUUGCUUGGCACACAGUGACACAGUUAACACAAUGCAGUAUACUGAACCCUGCCAUGCAACUACAGUGAUCGUUUAAAGCAUUAGUUUGACAUUUUGGCAAAUAUAUACAUUUUCUUUCAUGUCAAGAGUUAGAUGAUUGAUUACACUUUCAUGUCGGUCUGGUAAAUAUAAGGCUACAGCCAGCAGCUAGUUAGCUUAGCAUAAAGGAAAGAGGGAAACAGCUAGUCUGAGGCAACUCUCCCGUAAAACCACAGCUUGGCUGCUUACCCCCCAUUUCCAGCCUUUAUGCUAGGGUAAGCUGUUAACGGGAAACAUGUGAGAUUGAAUCGCUUUUCUCAUCUAAUUCUUGGGAAGAAAGCAAAUAAAUAAUAUUUCAAAAUGUUCAAAAUGUCAGAUUAUUGCUAUAGGACAUAACCAGGAAUUCAAAGGUGUAAUUUUAUAAGUAAUGCCUCUGUCCACACAAAUGCAGACAACAAUAUGUCAUUGUAUUCUCAGCACUUAGCUUCUGGGAACAUUAUAUUAUAUAUUAUAAAAUAUAAGACCUUAUAUGCCUUCUUUUUGAUGGGUGUGAAUUAACUACUGAGUGAGGGACCCAGCUUUGUAUUAUAGCGCCAUUCACGCACUGAAGCCCAAAAGCCCUUUAAAGUAUUUAAAGUUCUGUAUUUAUAGAUACAGUGCAGUGCAGAAUCUUUUUUUUUCUCAGAAAUUGUAAAUAGCUAAGGUUUCUUCUCCUGUGGUAUAGAGACAAAAGUGAGGCACAUGUUCAACUCUCACAAGCAACUGAAACAGAAAUUGGUAGCAACAAGAAACAAUGGGGCAAGGCAUAUGUGGAAACAGCUCACAACUGCAGUAACAAGAAGGUUACAGAUUGUACAGCGAUAUAGCCAAACAUCCUUGAAAGUGGCUAAACAGAUGGUUUAGUGUUUAAAGAUGAUUAUCACGAUAUUUGAAAUCAAACCAUCACCCCCUACAGCAAAAUCAUGCUUUAGGAAACGAGUCUUGCUUGGCUUAUUUGUCCUGAGGAGAUGAAUUCCAAGCAUUUUGAUAUGAGGAGGCAUGCCAAAUAAAGUCUGGUCAAAACAUAUACAUAGAACUUUGCACGCUACAUGGAAACCAUAAUAGCUAUGCUGAGACUCGAAGCAUAAAUGCCUGCUUCCCACAGCUUCUGGUGUGUGCUCUCCACACACACACACACACAUACUCCUAGGCCCAAACACACUCUACUAUUGAACGGAUUCAAAACAGGCAUGACAGGAAUACCAAAUGCACACUGAGUGCAUUUUUGUUUGUUUAUAGAUUGUACAUAGGCCUAAAAUUUCUCCCAAGGAGCAUGAUGCAGCAGCCAGUUGGUUUUUAGAUGUCAAAGUCGUCCAUAUUCUCAAAUUCAAAACUGCACUGUUUAGUCGUCAGUGGAUCAUGUACAAAAUUCUGUUUUGUAGAAAAAAAAAUAAAAGAUAAAUUAUUUUUAAAUAUAUUAUGAGCAUGUGUUUAGUGUAAAUAACGUCAAAGUCUAAAUUGAUUUUAUAUCCUGUUUUUUUUGUUUUUUUUUUUACUCUGUUUUUCUUUUGGGUGUUUGUUCCUUUUGGGGUGGAGGCUUCAAGAAGCAAUGUAUACAUUAAACGUAUUUUAUUUCAUAUCUCAACGUUUGCUGUUAUCUAAGCACUAACAAAUCCUAACAAAUUUAGAAUCAACUCACCUGUAGCUGUCUGUCAUUCAUUCAUGCAAUAAUGAAACAUUUCUGAAAGUAUUCAGACAAAAUCACAGUCAUCAACAAUAUUUUUAUAGGAUCUGAUCUUUUUGUAUAAUCGACUAUUGUGUGAAAAGACUCUGGCUUUGUAAUGUUGGCCAUGUGAUAUAGUAUAAACUGAUGAUGGUGAUGAUUUCAUCAGUGUGGACUGGUUUAUGCUCAUCUUUGGAUCAUUUUACAUGUACAUGUACUUUUUGUUAGGAUUUGUGCUGUGCUUGUAAAACAAAGUUAAAACACACCAACACAUAUAUUACCCUUUGUGACGAUACUACACCAGCAAAGCUUUGUCCAUGUUCACUUAUUCAUGUCUUAUGGGAACCCUAAAUUAUUUUCCUCUACCUCAUGUGUAUAGCUUGUAGGUAUAAACAGAUCACAAAUGACUGGUAAGAAUGUAUUUAAGUUAUUUAACAUCUUUGUAUAACAAAGGCGAAAAAAAU